AUGGCUAAGGUUCAGUCAUUUUUAGUCCGUCGACCACAGCCUCUUUCUCUCUCUAAUCGAGCAGCAUCACUGCAUUGUUUAGUCCCUCUAGUUGGCAUGCCCAACAGUCCUGGUUCAUUGCAUUCAUUCGCGGGUACCACUAUCGUAUCUGGGCCAUCCAGAAGAUCUGCUUUGUUGCCAACCGUUGCGGUUCCUUCUGGUAUCCCUCAAUCCUCUUCUUCAAUAUCUUCGGAAAAAAGGGCUGUUAUGGCGGCUCUGAUAAGCCCACUUACUGUCGACAACGCAGCUUCUACUGCCAGUGGCCAGUCUGUUGUGCCUCCCACUAUGACAAAACUGGCCCAGGAUCAUGUGCCUUCCUCUUUAUCAGUUACCCAUGGCUUUGGAAUGGAAACACAUGCUUCAUUUGUGGGAAGUCAAGGGCCUUCUCAGUUGGCUCUUCGUAUCAUGUCCGAGCCUGGGACAGCAUCGCCGCAGCUCCAAAGACAUUCUUGUUCCGGACAGCCAAUUAUUCUGUCAGAAUAUGGAGCGGCUCCAGAGGCACUAAGUAAGCAGUGGUGUCUAGGCUAA